AUGACGGACCGUCAUCGCUAUCCGUCCUCGGGACGAGCGGCCACCUUUGCCAACCAUGCGAGAACUUCUCUGCCGUCAAGCAUUGGCUACACUUCUUUGUACGCCGGUGACAUGCACGUCAUGCCGACUUCGACCCGACAGCAGCAGCCCAUUUUGACGACACCACGAGGAUAUGUUACAACUACUUCUACAACACCAACACCAAACACCACCACCCGGACGUACGCCGUUACUCAGGACCCUCGUUCACACAGACCGACUACGCGGGAUGUCACACGCUCCCAGCGGUCCUCCACACUAGAUUCUACUAGUCGUCCCCCAGUAAUUGUCAUGACCACCCAGAAGGACCGCCCCAAUGGCACGAGUUCUCAUUCUUCCAAUGCUCGCCCCGGAAGUCCCUUGAGGGAUGACUACCGUUCGAGCGAUGGGCAGUUUUAUACACAACCUGCCUCAUCUAUACGUUCACGCAGCACAGCCCGCUCCUAUGCCGAUCAGCCAGGAAACGACACUUAUGCUCGCAGCAGCAGAGACCGCAGCAACAGCUUGGUACGCGACGACCCCUACCGCAACAGUCGUCAUUCUGCGAUAUACCAGAAUAAUCCCCGUCAGAGCUCUAGUAAUAUCGACUAUGGGGACGACGGUUAUCAGUACACUAAUGCCGGUGAGCUGGUUCGCUACGACCUCGAUCAUUCAGGCCCUGCGAGGACUCGCAGACGUGAGAGUUUCGACCGUGGCUACUACCGCCCAAAUAUUAACUACAACGCGGAUCAGCGAACGUUCAAUGUGGAUACCAGCCCAGACUUGAGUCGCAACUACAUAACAACAAGCACAACCAGCGUCCCAAGCAAUCGGCAAUACGAUAACCGGGGCGGUCCUCCACCAAGUACACGAGGGUUUGACAAGAUUCGAGGGUACGAAAGUCCGCGGGACUUUGCUCCGAUGCCCUCCAAGACUCCCGAACCGACCUUGGUCAAACAGGACACCCCCCUUGUUGCGACUACGGAAACCACAAGACGGCCUCGGCCAGUGUCAUUGUACCAAGAGGGACCACCUCGUUCUUCGCAUCACGACGAUUACUAUCGGAGCCGAGAAGACGAAAGAAAAAUGCGAGAAUUUCGUGAUCAGCCAGAAUCUGAACUCACUUAUGAGCCCGAGCGCGCAUACGAGGCACCCUACUUCCAAGAUGACAGAGUUACUUCCCGUGGCUUCGGCAUCCGAACUGACACUACUGACGAACACGAUGAUCGCCGUGAACGUCGCCUGGAACAACCGAAAAAGCGAUCAGAUGAAGACCUGCCACGUGAUGCUGAUUAUGAGCGCGAUGAUCGACGUCGAGGCCGGCUUGAUUCCAAAGACACUCGCCGUGAGAGACGUGAGAGUAAGAAAGGGAGUGAUGAUGACGAAAAGGAGCGUACUCGGUUCCGUGACAAGGUGGCUACUGGCCUGGGUAUUGCUGCGACUGCUGUAGGCCUUGUGCCUGCCGUCAAAGACGACGACAAACGCGACAAAGAUCCCGGCAAACGUAAAGGCUCUGAUGACGAACGUGAGCGCGAACGUGAACGUGAAAGAGACCGAGAUCGUGACAGGCGGCGCGAUUCGAUGAAAAGUGAACGCCCAAGAAUCGUUGAGAGAGAUGUAUCGCGACAGCGUGAUCAAUCAAGGCAGCGUGACCAGGAUCGUGAUUCCAGAGAGACUAGUCGUCGAAACGGGGAGUCCCGUAAGAGCACUGAAGCCGUCAUUUCGUCAUCUGAUUCCGACGAAGCCAAAAAGUCCACUCGGAGACGUCGCGAUUCAAAUGCCUUCAAUCCGAAUGAUACUUCUGAACUGCGGCAUCUCAAGGAUCAGCUGGCAGCCUUGAAGACCACCGACAAAGAAAAGGAGAAGGAAACCCCGGUCGUGGUCGAAAGUAAGUCACGGUCCUCUUCACCUACUCGAGAAACGAGAACAGCAAUAGAAGCUCGUCCAUCCAAAGACUCCCGGUCACCACCCGAUUCCAAGCCAUCUGGACCCCCUGAAGAAGAAUCCCGUGGCCGCGAAUCCCAGCAGACCCCUCCGGACGACAAACAGGUCCGUGUAGUAUCGCCUCCUCGCGAUAAAAAGGAUGAGAAGCCACUCAAGGGUAUCUUGAAACAGCCAAAGGUCAGCUUUCCAGAGGAGCCGAAUCCCAUUCGUGAAGGGGUUGCACCUCACAAGGAAGACAAGAAAGCCAGAGAAGCACCUGCAGGUGCAAAAUGGACCAAGAUCAGCCGCAAGGUUGUUAACCCUGAGGCUUUGACCAUUGGUAAAGAGAGGUUCGAGGUCAGAGAUGACUUUGUCAUUGUACUACGGGUACUCAGCAAAGAGGAAAUUCAGGCAUAUGCCUCGGCAACACAAGUCUUGAGAGAGAGACGUCGCCGCGACGAUGAUGGUGGUGAUACGGAUCGGGAUCGUGACCGUGAUGAGGAUGAAAGGAGAAGACAUCAUCGUCAUCGCCGCCAUCGGGACGAUGACUCUUCAGACUACGAGGACAAGGACAAGGACCGCGACCGCGACCGCGAACGACGCAGGCGUCAUCGAGAUGAAGAGGAAUAUGACACCCGGUCAAGGGAUUUGGACCAUCAUCAUCAUCACCACCACCGCUCUCAGCGAGAACGUGAGCCUGUGCUUGAGGCUUAG